AUGUCGACCACACACCACAACGUCCAAGAGAAGCCCGAUACCCCGGAUGGCCUCGUCAAUGAACCUACCCCGGGUAUCCCUUACUUCACGCCUAAGCAGGAUCCGCCCGCGGGCACCGCGCUGUUGCCAGAGGGUCAGAAGGAUGUUCCUAAACUCUUCCGCCCGCUCAAGCUGCGAGGCUUGCUCAAGGUCCUUCAAAACCGCAUUUUGUUGAGCCCGUUGUGUCAAUACUCUGCCGAGGAUGGCCAUUACACCAUGUGGCAUCACACCCACAUGGGAGGCAUCAUCCAGCGCGGCCCAGGAAUCGCCUCCGUCGAGGCCACGGCAGUUCAGCCUCGCGGUAGAAUCACGCCCGAGGACGUUGGUCUCUGGAAGGACAGCCAGAUCGAGCCCCUGCGUAAGGUCGUCGAGUUCGCCCACAGCCAAAACCAGAAGAUCCUGAUCCAGCUCGCUCACGCCGGCCGCAAAGCCAGCACCGUCGCGCCGUGGCUGAGCUCCGGCAGCGUCGCUGGCAAAGAUCUCAAUGGCUGGCCGGAUGAUGUGCAUGCUCCUAGCGCCAUUGCCUGGAAUGAGCAUCACGCCAGCCCCAAGGAGAUGUCGAUCCAGGACAUUGAGGAGUUCAAGGCGGCUUUCGCCGACUCUGUCCGCAGGGCCCUGAAGGCCGGAUUUGACGCAAUUGAGAUCCACAACGCACACGGCUACCUCCUGCACGAGUUCCUCUCGCCUGUUAGCAACACCCGUACUGACAAGUAUGGUGGAAGCUGGGAGAACCGAGUAAGACUUACCUUGGAGAUUGUCGAGGAAACGCGCGCAAUCAUUCCCAAGGACAUGCCUCUCUUCCUCCGCAUCAGCGCUACCGACUGGUUGGAGGAGCAGAAGGACAUCCCCGAAUCCUGGACUGGCGACGAUACCGUCAAGCUUGCUCCCUUGCUCGCCGAGCGAGGAGUUGACUUUUUGGACGUGAGCACCGGAGGAAACCAUGAACGGCAACACCCGCACGUCGGACCAGCCUACCAGGCCCCCUUCGCCAUCAAAGUGAAGCAGGCCGUCGGCAGCAAGAUGGCAGUCGGCGCCGUCGGUUCCAUCAACAGUGCAAAGCUCGCGAAUGAUCUGCUGGAAAAGGAUGGACUUGACGCUGUGUUCGUUGGUCGGGGCUUCCAGAAGAACCCUGGUCUGGUGUUUAGCUGGGCAGAUGAGCUCGGUGUGCAGAUCAACAUGCCUAACCAGAUCCGCUGGGGUUUCGGAGGUAGAGGAAAGAAGAGCGGCAAACCGGCUACUGAGAUUCCUGAGUUGAUUGGAAAGCCUUGA